AUGAACGAACCAACUGACGGAAAAGCCAACGACAGGAAGAGGAAGAAGCCGGAUGAGAAUGUAGAGGAGGGAAAGGACCCCGGAAAGUCCAAAAAAAAAGUAGAGUUUGAAAAUGACGAAGAGUAUGAAAAGUACCUCGUGAGUAACUUCAAGAAGGGGUCUGCCCGAGGAAGCGGGGGCGACGGCCGGCAUGAAAGUCGGCGCGAAAGCCGCCGCGAAAACCGGCGCGAAGGUGGCCGUGAGAGCAGUCCUGCCGAGGACUACGCCCUCUCCGACAUGAUCAAGAGCUUCUACAACGAAGUGAAGAAGUACAAAACGGUAGACGACAUGGCGAACGAAAUUAAAAGACUAGCAAUACAAAACAUUAAGAAAAAUCUGGAGAUUAUCUGUAACAACGAAUGCACUAGUUCCUUUUUUUUGGAGAAGUACAGAGUGAAGUACAUCAAUGAGCAGGCUGAACUCAACGUCAAGUCCGCACAAAAUUAUUUUAAAGAAUUUCUAAUACUUUACAAUAGCAACAAUUUUGAUGACUUCAGCUUGGAGGUGAAUACCAACGUGGAGAAAAAGGCUGCUGGGGAGGACAACGAAAAAAAGGAGAAAAAUGGCGAACAGGGUGAAGAAGCAGCUAAGCAGCCAGGAGAAGCAGCUAAUCAGCCGGAAGAAGCAGCUAAUCAGCCGGAAGAAGUAGCCAACCAGCCAGAAGAAGCAGCCAAUCAGCCAGAAGAAGAAGACCCCCAAGUGAUGGACCACGCUCAGAAUAGCCACGGUGAUGAUACUAACAAUGGGGAGAGGUCUCCAAAUAAAAAUCAAAUCAGCGGAAAAAAUAGCCAUGCAAAUGAUGAAAUGUACAAAACCAACACAUGGAAAGAAAAAAUGAAAUGCAAAAUUGAAAAUGCAAAUGAAAAUACAAACGUUUUGAUAAAAAUUGUAAAUUAUUUAGCUAGCACGUCACUACACAUCGACCACAUACCAGUUAACAUAAAAAAGUUCGAUGUGAUAAAAAAGUUAAACGAACUAAAUUACGACGUGUUGAAUGCAAAUAUUUGGGACACAAAGGCAAAUAUAUACUUUAAAAAGCACAACAAAACGAGUGACCUUUUAAGUGCCCUCCGUGAAAAACCACGUAGUGUUGAAAUCAAUGGCUGGUACUUAAAUAACGUAAAAAGGAAUAAUUACAAUUAUGUGGACUUGAGGAUAUGCCCUCCUAUAUGUUCCCACGUAGAAGUAAUUAAAGCCGAUUAUGAGAAGGCUAAAAUGUUGGUUAGAAAGCUGGAUGCUUCUUGCCAUAUCGAUGCGGAUCUCUUGGAUCGCAUACGGGAAGAGGCCUACAUCGAGAUCAGGCAGAAGAAGAGGAAGUUGGCGGAGGGUCAAGCGGACGGAAAAGGCGGCGAUGUAGCGGACGGAGAAGCCGGUGGUGUAGCGGCCCAAGCGGUUGCACCAAGCAAUAGUCAGAAUAACGCUAGUGGGGAGAGUGCCGACCAACUGGGAGACAGCCCCAUCAUAGAAAUCAUCGAAGAGAACAAAAAUCUCAGUGUGACAAAAAAAUUGGACAUCUUAAUUGUAUACCUCCGAUUUGUGCAUAACUUCUGUUACUACUCAGCGAGGAAAUUCAACACUUACGACGAAAUGGUGAGAGAGUGUGGCUACUUUUACCUGCGCGUGAACAUGCAGAAUAAGUUUUACAACAACUUGAUCCCUGUUUUUUACGAAAAUUUUAACGUAAGCAAGUUGGAACAGUACGGACAGCAUGAGCAGGAGAAAGGCUGGAUAAGCAACUCCGCGGAUGCCUUCGAACGUGAUGAACGUGGCAACUAUGACGACGUUGUGGACGGACCACUUGCAGAGGGAUACCAACCCAACCAGGAGACCAACCCAAAUGAAAAACUCCCCAGCUCCUCCCCUCUCCAUCGCCUAAAGAAGAAAUACUUUAACGAUGUGGAUAGCUUAUCGGAAUAUCAACUCAAAUGGCUUCUCCACUUCGAGGAAGAAAUUAAGGACGCCAUAAAUGCAAACUAUAAUGAACAGAUAGAAAUCGAAAAGACAAAAGAAUUUAUGAACAUUUUGAAAAAUAAUUAUAUUUUAAAACCAAGUGAUAAUCCUCGUGGUGACGAAAAAAGUGAAAUACGUUGUGCUAAGUGCAAGAAGCUUUUCAACCACAUUAAGGACGUCCCUAACCAUAUCUUCAUUAAGCAUAGCCAAAUUAAAUUAAAACUCAUCACAGAAACGGAAGCAGAGAUAAUGAAGAAAUAUUUUUACGAAGCCCCUCACAGUUUUCAUUUCCUCUUUAUGAUGGAAAAAAAAUAUAAUUCUGGUCAUUCGAAGAGCCAUUUAAGUAAAAAUAUUUUUAAAAAACCCAAAAAUUUUAAAAAUCAGAAUUUUCACCUCCUGCCGAACAGCACGAGGAAUGACUACAAAGAUUUUGACGACCCCAGCUUGAAUGUCUUCGAGAAUGUAAAGCAGAGUGCUCCCAAGAAGAGCGAUUUUUACGACGACACGUAA